AUGGGCUCGGGAGACUUCUCCAUUAACGAUCUAGACGUACUCAAACAGAUCAAAAGCGCAAAGGAGGAUAAGUUCCAGGUUGUUCUGCUAAUAAUCCGAUACGUCAUAGAGCUGGUGAAGAAGUUAGAGUUUUCUUCCGCAGAGGACAUUGUGCUAAAGAUGGACAGCAGAAUAGCUCGUCUCCAAUCCUUCCUGCCUCUUAACCUUCUCAUUACCAACGUCGGCAAACGGUGUAUCGCCUGUGUAGUGGAGGUACUGCACGAGAGCGGUAUUAUCCAGUCCACGGUUCCACUGUUUGAGCAGCGCAAGUCUCCUGACGAUUUUACUAUGUCUCCUAGGCUGCAGAGCCGCAUGAUAGACAGGCUCCAUAGCUACGAGGAACACAUUUGCAGUAUACGCCUAAAGCCAUGCGACCUAAAUCCACGGGCAUACAACACGGGGGCUUCCAUGGGAUACUGCUCACCAAGCGAGCUUAUGGGAUCCCUGACAACGCGAGCAAGCGUUAAACCGACAAUGCGUGGUGCCAUGAAUAGCUCAGAUGACGAGUACAGAGGUAUCCGCAACAAGUUCUCCCAGGGAAUAAUACACGGUGACAUCGUGCUGGUCGUCAGUCCGGGCAUCCAACUAUGUAAUUACUUAACUGACCUAUAUGCAAGCGGGGUGGGCUUUGAGCUGGUAGUGUUGGAGAACGAGCCGCUCCGAGAUGGCCUCCACGCAGCCCUCUACUUUUCAAGCCUUGGAAUACCUACUUCUCUGAUUGCCGAUUCUGCCUUGAUGAUUUUCCUUCCCAAGAUUGCAGUACUCUUUCUUGAGCCAGAGUUUGUCUUCAACAACGGGGCUGCAGUUGCCUCAUCUGGCUCCGUUCUAGCAGCCAUGGCAGCUAAAAUAUAUAACAUACCCGUUAACUGCCUCUGCGAAACCUUCCAGUUCUGCACUGCAUAUCCCUCUUCUCUGUCUACGUUGAUAUUGUCCGCCAAUCCAUCUGAGAUACUGCCCGAUGCAGAUAGUUAUGACACAUUUAAAAAGGUAACAAUAAAAGCCCCCCUUGCGGGCUAUAUCGAGCCAGAUUGCAUUGAUUACUAUAUCACAUCUGAAGGGAUAUUCAAGCCCAAGGCAAUCUUCCAAUUGCUGCAGGCCAUAAUGAAUAUUUGA